CUGCCAUAGGUGGACGGACGGUGUAAACGGCCGGGGGGAUAUGGUGAAAGGUCGAUGUUUCUCGUUCCUAGAUAUCAUUUCGUUAUACCAUGGUAUAUGUUACCAUGGUAUAUGCAUAGUAUACCUAGGUAGAUGGAACAUCAUAUAGUAUAUCUUGAUAUAUUAUAGAAAAUUGGAGCUAUUUUAAAAAUUACAUAAUUUUAGAAUUAUUUGAAAAUAUUUGAAUGCAGAAAAGUGAAAGGAGUAAUCAAGCGGCGACAGCGGCUAUUAAUCAAACGAAACCCAACUAUAGCUAUGUGAUGAGUAGGCCUUUGGUCAUAGAGAGCCCUCUUACUUGAAUAAUUAAAACAGUUAAUCAGCAGUUUACCCCUACAUAGAAGAGGAGGUGAUGAUGAAACUCAUCAUAAGGUGAUCAUUAUUAUGAUAUUAAAGUAAAUAAAGAAAUAUGUGCAAUAUUUCAUAAGAAUUCAAUUAUUUUUUAAUUUUAGAGAAAAUAUUUAUACGUUUGAAAUAAUAUUUUAUCAAAUUCUUUUUUGAUUAUUCAGUUACACUACUGCGUUUGUUAAUAGACAUUAAUGUGUAAUCGUUUUUGUAUAAAACAUGUAUACACAUAAUCUAAUACAUAUAUUUGUAUACAAAUAUUUAGAAAUCGAGAGUUUAAAAUUAAUUAUUAUGAUAUUAAAGUGAAAUCACUUAAGUGGUGAAGGAAUGGGUUAGUUUACGGGGAUAUGUGAUUCGUGAUUUGCUGACCCCCCUAUGAAAAUAUGUGAUUUUUCCGCAUAAAUGAGCGUGAAAUCGUUGAUAAAGUCACAGUGUCAUCAAGAACCCUCAGCUCUAAGAAGAAGACUCUAUGAACAAUAUGGCUGCCGAACCUGUAAGAAAACAGCGCUACAUUUAUAUCGCACCAACACCGCCAGCCGAGAUGAUUGACUCUAGCAGUUACACUAUUGCGUUCAGCGACAGAAAAUUUUUGCAAGUGGGCCUGAAUCCAAAGGAUGACUUCAAUGUUACGGUAUGCAUUAUUACUCCUUCACGAUAUAUUAGUAUGUCAGCAGAUUAUUUAAAUAUUAUUUACGGCAUGAUGGAUGAAAUAUCAUUAUUUCUACAAUCACCUCCGGUAAAAGGAGAGAACAUUAUGUUAUACCAAAAUGUCGAUUUUAAUAUAACCAAAGUAUUGUACCGUGAUACCAUGCAUUUAGUAUUAGAAUCCAGAAUAGUGGAUGGGUGUCGAGUGUUAUUGAAUAACGAAAACAUUAAUAGACUUAUGGACUUACAGUGUACUAUUAACAGUGCAAUAUCAAGAAAAAUAAAAACACGUUUACUAUUAAGCCAUCAAAUAGACCGCAUUAUACAAUACGCCGACAGUAAAUGGUCGGGCCCUAAAAUUCAACAAUCAAACAAUGAUGAAAUGGUUAAUUUUAUAAGAAGUUUGAACGACAUAGAAAUAUGUGAUACUAUUCCUAAAGGUGACAGUAAAUACAUAAGCGAGCUGAAGAAUUUAGCGUACAAUGUAAUAGUUGAUAGUUGGGUCAAGUCAUGGUCCAAAGACAUGCUUCAAAUUAAUGAAAAAGAAGAAGAAAUGUGCGAUGAAAAUGAUGGUCCAACAUUUUUCAAUACAACAGUGUAUAGCCAAGAAAAUAGUUAUAGUCCAUGGGCUUCACAAUGGCCGAAACCCAAUCACGUCAGAAAAUUAACUUAUAUUAAUAAUUUAUAAACAAUAACUUUAUAUAUUGUACUAGUUUCUUAUAAUAAACUUAUAAUCUAAAAAUAAAAACAGUGUUGUUAUUUGUAUAUAAUAUAUUUAUUUUAUAAUAAUAAUAAUAAUUACAAGGUUAAUAAUAAAUGUUUACAUAAACAUGUAAAAAAUGAUAAAAUAUACGGAGGGUACCGUCAAAAGGUGUAUAUGUAAAUACAUUGUCUGAAAUUACUAUAGCAUAUGCAGUUGUAUUAGCAGGGAA